UUUCGUCUUUCUGUAGACCUUUGUCAUCUAAGGGUCUAUCAAUGUGACCCAUCUUUCAAAAUUUGAGAACUCGAUGCGUGAUGGGGCAAUAUAUAUUUUUUCAGACUUUGAAGUCAUAAGAAGCAACUCCCGUUUCAAGCUUACCGAUUCCCCCUUCUCAAUAAGUUUCACAUCGACCACUAUUUUUGAUCAGCUCGACGAGUCUUUCGGUAAUUUUCCAAAAGAGUUUUUCAGGUUCCGUACACAUGAGGAGUUGGUUUCUCUUGCCAACACCAAUACAGAUCUUCCAGAUGUCAUGGGCCAAGUAUGUUCAACCAAGGCAUAUAGAAAUGGAAUGACACAAACCUUGGAGAGGAUGUUAGUACUCCUAUCUCUUGAAAGCGGGGAGAAAGUGCGACUAAGUGCUUUUGAUCAUGCAACUUCACUGGAGAAGGUUUUUAGCCAAAAAGAUGUUGGGCCUUACAUAUUGUUGGCUACUAAUAUAAACCCAAAGUUAUUUGGAG